CCCCUCGCCGAGCUCACUCUCUCUCUCUCUCAUCCUCUGCUCUGACUCUCUCUCGUGCUCUCUGGCUCAGCGGACAGACGAGACCUCUCCUCUCUUGCUCCUCUUCUUCUCUUCCCUUCUGUUAUAUUCAUUGCGUCCUCCUCCUAUAUCUGUUUCUUUCUUUUCUCAUUUCUCCCUCUGUGCACCCCCCUUGCCCCUGUGCCAGGGGCUUUAGUGGGGGUCCCAGAGUGUGUGUGUGUGUGUGUGAGUGAGUGAGUGAGUGAGUGUGUGUGUUGGGAGAUUUCGGCAUGGAAGCAGUGGCACUUUAUACGUUUCGUGCCACAGAGGGCGAUGAACUCAGUUUCAACAAGGGAGACAUGCUCAAGAUCACCAACAUGGAGGACGAUCCUAACUGGUACACAGCUGAGCUCCACAACAGAAAAGGCUUUGUGCCGAAAAACUACAUCAACCUGCGGCCACACGCCUGGUUUGCCGGUCGUAUAUCUCGCGGUGUGGCAGAAAGUCGACUCAGACACAGGGAAUGUGGGGCUUUUCUGGUCAGAGAGAGCGAGAGCGCCCCUGGAGAGUUCUCCAUGUCCGUCAGCUACGGGGACCAUGUUCAGCACUUCAAGGUACUGCAGGAUCGCUGUGGUCAGUACUACGUGUGGGACGAGCUCUUCUCCUCCCUGAACGAGCUGGUGGAGUUCUACCAUGGCAACAGCAUCGCUAAGGAGAGGACCGUCUUUCUGAGGGACCCCGAGCACUUCGCCAGGCGUCCCCAUCAUGCCCACGCUCUCUUCGACUUCACCCCGCACCACCCCUCCCAACUACGCUUCCUGCGCGGCGAUGUCAUCGAACUCCUCGACUGCUCCGAUUCGCUGCGCUGGAGGGGCCGUUGCCAUGGACACGUGGGCUACUUCCCCCCGGAGUACGUCCAGUCCAUUUACCACUGCCAAUGACGUGCACCUGUCAAUCAAACACCCGUGCGUUCCCACGGGUUCACCAAUGGGCCGUCCUGACCCCGCCCCUCACACUGCCCCCCUCCUCUGCACUUGCCCGUUGAUUUUUUGGAGCAGGCAACUGGCGAGCCGCACCUGAACUGCUCACUAUGUUACUGACUCCACCCAUUUCCCUGUGAUGCCACCUGUCAAUCACAAGCCUCGUCCAGUCAGCUGCUGCAGGCUCAUCAAUCGCUUCCACCUGAUCCCACAACUCAACUCCUCUUUAAACAUGUAACAAAUAAACGAAGACAUGGACCAAGACACUGUGGAGAACUCACGAACACCCACACGCUCCCACUCACGAUCAUUUAUUACAGCUUAUCAGCACUCGCGCCGGCUGAAUAAAAGCAACACACACACACACACACACUAACCUGAUGACAAAAAAAGCAAACAGUGUGUGGCCCACGGUAGGCUGUGGAGGAAGGGCAAGGCGUUCUCCACCGCAGACCAAGCAGGAUUUGCUCCAGUAUUUUCCCAGCGUUCCCACGGGGAGAUCCGGUGAGCUGAGCGCAGAGACACAGAGAGUCAUUGUGUUGUGAAUAUUUGGGCCAGACACUGUGAGGAUACUGACACAGCAGAUUCCUCCCUCGCCGGCCUCGGCUGGGGAGUGCGGGUGCGUGGACGGGUUUGUGUGGAAAACGUGGGUCUGAACACAUUAAACCUGCAAACUCUAUGUAUGUUUAUUGUGUGCUAAAGUGAAUGCAUGUGUGCAUGAGUUUGGAGGUGUUGGUUGGCGUGUGUGUGUGUGUGUGUGUUUGUGUGUGUGUGUGUGUGUUCAGCUCCGUGCUCUGUGGACCAGUAAAGGAGGUCACUGUGUUAAAGUGACCAGUGAGAUGAACGCCACCCAGACGACGCUUCAUUUUAAUGUACACACCUUGAAAUGUAACACGCUCAACUCAAUUUAUGGAUCAUCUGUUCGUUUCUAUGUAUUUAUUCUUAUUCAUGUGUAAUCUUAAAAUACAUAUAUUACAAGUAAGGUUAAAUAUUGUAAAAAGCUUUUGUUGCAACAGAUUUAAGAACCACAUUUCAUGCGAUUAACAGUAAGAACUUGGAACGGUCUUCCUUAACCUGUAAUGACAAAUCAUUUAAAUAAAGUGAAACAUUUACCUGUUUGAA